CCCUGCAAACUGGGCGGAGAGGAAAAGAACCAAUGAGUGGAGAAAAACAAGCAGGAAGAGGUGAGGGGGGCCAAGCUGUUUACUCCCACCACAGCUCCUGGCGUGUUCACUCUUAGACUCACAGUUGCAGAGGAAUGGAGGGAUUGCAGGGAAAGGAAGAGAAAGAUAAGAAGGCGGAUGAGGAGGUGGUGCACCUUCGGAGGGAGAUUGGGCUGCUGCCUGCUGUGUCCCUCAUCAUUGGGACAGUGGUGGGCAGCGGGAUCUUCAUCGCACCGAAGGGGGUCCUGAUGAACAGCGGCAGCGUGGGGCUCUCUCUGCUGGUGUGGGCGCUGUGUGGCAUCCUCUCCUUGUUUGGGGCCCUGUGCUACGCUGAGCUGGGCACCAGUUUUACCAAAUCCGGGGGUCACUACACCUAUCUUCUGGAGACACUGGGGCCCCUUCCUGCUUUCCUCCGACUCUGGGUUGAGUUCAUAUUCAUCAGACCAGCUGUGGCUUCGUACGUGUCCCUGGCUUUCGGACGUUAUGUGGUGGAGCCAUUUUUUGCACCUUGUGCUGCUCCUGUGGUGCUAAUCAAACUCGUCAGUAUCCUCGGAGUGACGUUCGUUGUUGCAGUGAACUGCUGGAGCGUGAGCAUGGCCUCCCGCACUCAGGUCACCUUGACCUUCAUUAAGAUGUUUGCUCUGGUUCUCAUCAUCAUCCCUGGGAUUAUCGCACUGGCCAAAGGAAAGACAGAAAAUUUCCAGAAUGGUUUUGAGGUUGAUUCACUGACACUAGAUAAGCUGCCUCUGGCCUUCUAUAAUGGUCUAUAUGCUUAUGGUGGAUGGUUUUAUCUGAACUUUGUCACAGAGGAGGUUAUAAACCCAAACAGAAACAUCCCGCUGGCAAUAAUCUGCUCCAUGGUGACGGUGACGGUGUUCUAUGUGCUGGUAAAUGUGGCCUACUACACCAUGAUGACCCCCUCUGAGCUGCUGCUGUCUGAUGCCGUGGCUGUGACGUUUGCCAACCGUGCUCUUCAGGGACUUUCCUCUCUGAUUCCCAUUCUUGUGGCUUUAUCCUGCCUCGGAGCGCUGAACGGGGGCUUCUUUGGGACACCCAGGAUGCUGUUUGUGGGGGCCAGGGAGGGCCACUGGCCACACAUCUUUUCCAUGAUUCACGUCCGCAGACGCACACCUUUACCUGCUGUUCUGCUCCUGUACCCUUUGGCAGUGUUGAUGCUCAUCACCGGAGAGAUCUACCAGCUCAUCAACUUUGCCUCCUUUUCGCGCUGGUUCUUCAUCGCCUUGGCAACCUUGGGGAUGAUCAUCCACAGAUACCGCUUUCCUCUCCACCCGAGGCCUUUCAAGGUGCCCUUGGUGAUCCCGGUCAUCUUCACCGCGGUUUGCUUCUUCAUCGUGGGUCUUUCGCUUUACUCGGACCCCUGGAACACUGGACAGAGCUGUGCUCUGACCCUUACUGGUGUGCCAGUUUACUAUGUGACUGUUCACCGGUACCGGCUGCCCCCCAGAUGGAGGCACAUGUUCAACUACUGCAGCAAGCAGCUGCAAAUCCUGCUGGAAGUGGCUCAACAGGAGGUCCAGACGUACUGAAGAACCUAAAGACUCCACGGACGCCUCGUUUUGGGAGAUUUACUCAAAGUAUUCAUUUAAUAGUAAAACACUUUCCAGGUACUUUUUAGAGUAAAUACUUGAAGGUGAAACUCUACUGGAAACCGAAAUGUUUGACAUUUUAACAAGAAGACAAGAUAUUAAAAGCAAAUGAAAUGCUGUGAAGUUAAAAAGCCACUAAUAUGUCGUUUAAUAACAAAAAUUCAAGAUGGGAAUAUUUUUAGU